AUGCCCGGAUCGGAUCUGGCCAUGAUUCAGAAUAACGACUCGCCGAUUCCGAUGCAACCUACAUUCGGCGACCACGACGAUUGGUGGAGUCACUUGCUUGGCAUCUUUGGAAGGUCACGACCCACGUCCACUCGAAUCGUCCAACAUCUUCUCACCCGGUUCGUGCAGUCCAACGCGGUGUUCUUUGGCUUACUUCAUGCACCGACGCUGCUGGCCGUCGUCUCGGGCAAACAGGGUCAUGCGCGAGCGGAUCCAGCGCUAUAUUUGGCUGUCCUAGCCGUCUCGGCAUGUGACAUGCACCAGACUCGCAUCGCAGAUGAACGCACCUCCGACAUGACCUCGGCCAACGAAGCAUCGCGGCAGCUCGCCGCAAAGCUAUCCGAAAUGGCUGCCACAUAUCUCCAGACUGCCACAGCUCACGGAUCUGCCCUCACUCCUUCCAUGGGCCAGGCUGCCAGUAUUCUCGCUCUGACCCAGCCAGACGGCAGCACAGAGCAGAACAGCCUCAUCCGCUUGGCGGAAAAUGUAGUUCGAACACUCAGCUUGCACGAGGCUGUCUCGUCACGAGAGCCACUGCUGCAAGACAGUGAGCCGGAUUCGCCCCUCUACUGGUCUCGACCCGUCACAUCCGACUCCCCCGAGUCCGAGGUCAAGUACGAGUCCAUCGUUCGACUGUGCUGGACGGGGAUCAGCCAUCGCUUUCGCAAGUACAUCGCCAAGCCAGACGAGGAUUUUGGCGACGUCGACCUGCCGGAUUUCAUUCAAGAGAUCCGGCCCAUGGCUUUCUGGCAGCCGAGUGUGCUUCCAGAAGAUCUGCCACCACCGUUCUUCCACUCGCAAGACCUGAUGCGGAGAUCUGCUCACCUGUCUCGGCUCACAGUCUCGCUUGCCAAGCUGGAAAAGAUCAAGGAAGUCGAUGAAGCAGGCACGCCACCGUCCGACACGCUCGAGCAGGUCAGAGGCCUCUUGCGGUCUCUCGACGAUCUCGAGACGUCAUUCGUGCGACAUCGACCACGAUCGGAUGCAGAGAGGCACAAUGUCCUCGGGCGAACGCUGCAGAUGUUUUGCCGAAUGCACGUCUGGGUGCGACUCACCAUCUGGCGCAAGUACAAGCUGUGGAACAGCGCCAGCGACGCACGAUCGGAUGACGGAGCGCAACGGCUCUUUCAAACAACGCAUCACCCAACCGUCGAGUUUUGGCUCACCAUCGUGCAGGAUAUGAUCGAUACCAUGCAGCAGGAUCUGGAUGCGCACGUCGUUGAUAUGACUGCGCUGCGAACGAGUGCUGCUGACGUCGACGCGCUCGCUCGACACGUCAUCUGCGCUUGCGAUCUGGUCGUCGCGAGCGGCGAGGCGCAACCUAUUGCGGGGCAAGUCGAUGUUGCGUUGAUUAUCCUGAAGCGGAUGUUGGCGCAUGCUUCGCUGAACGAGGCCAAGGAUGGGCUUCAUUUGACGGACGACGUGGUGCAGCGGGUCAAGCUUGGUGAGACACGACGCGCAGAGCUGACGGUUGGCACUGCAGCGGCCGCCGAGCAGCCAGAGGUGACCGAAGCAGACGUCGGCAUUGUUCGAGAUGACCCAAUGCCACCCGCUGACCAGCUGUCAGCCGAACCGGCAGCGACAACCGAGCCAGUCGUCGAGCCAAUCAGCACCGAGGAGCUGCCAUCACAGUAA